UGGUUUUUUCCUGUUUCCUUAAGUUCACAAACUUUCUGUGGAUAGAGAAGCCGGGAUUUGACUGACUACAAUUCGCAUCCAACUAAAUGCUUCUAGCUGAUUUAUCCUCUGGCCCAGAGCAUGCAAUCGAGAUGAUCUACGUUAAUACGCUCGCACUCACACGCACGCAUGCAUGCACACGCACACGCACACAUACAACUGUCAGACACCUGUUACCGGGAAAGGUUUAUCCUGAAAAGCCCCCCCAGCAUGAAUGGCUUGGGCGCAUUUGACAUUUGUUGUAAAGGUUUAAAUGAGAUGCAUGGAAUGGCGAGUGGCCUGUGCACCCAAGCUUUCAGAGAUCAGAUAGCGUGACUUGGUUUUAUUUUAGAGGGCUUCGAAAGUCUGAACUUGCUUGAAUGAUAAAUCUACAAAUUAAAUUAAUGAAAGCAUUUUGUUUCAGUAAUUGAUGUUCAGAAAUCUGGUUAUAGUUCUGCUUCUGCCAUGAAAGUAUAAUAGAGAGAUUUAUUUUAUGUUUUGUUAUUGAUGUUCUUAAUAACUUUUAAUAAUUACCCAUUUUUUGAUCGCUUAAUUUAAAAGAAGUCAUUUAAAAAUGAACAGAGACAACACAAACAAAGAAAAAAACAACUGGUUGCUUUCAAAACGUGCCAAUGAACGGUUUUUAAUCAAGACCUUUGAUUGCUGAAGGAAGAAAAAAGGAAAAGCGUCUGUGACACUCCGUGACGUAACAUUGUUUUGUCGUUGUCAUAGCAACAACUGGGACAACCCCCUUCCUCGAGUUGCUGUGAAUUGAGCCUUCUCGGAUUCCUGCACUUUCUGUAUCUACCUGAUAAUGGGCGAUGAAGAAAAAUCUGUGGAAGCUGAGCGGAUGGAAGAGGAAAAUAUCAAGGUGCUUCAGCACAGAGCUGCCAUUCACCCGCUGCCAGAAGGGUUAGAAAAGAUGGAGUGCAGUGAGACAGUGUGUCGUUACUGCGGUGUGAGCUAUCUAAUUUUCCACGAGUUCCAUCAGCUCCACAAACAGCUGGCACAGCUACAGGCCGAGCUUGAGGAACUCAGAGAGGUCGGCCAGAAGGAGAAGGAGCGUCGGAAGGCGCUGGAGGUGGACAAGGAGGAACGGGAAAGAGCCCUUCAACUUCAAAUGAAGAGAGAAGCUGAAACCAAUGAGAAAAACACCAGAGAAACCCUGGAAGAGAUGAACCGAGACAUGGAGAGAACUCUCAGAGAGGAGUUUGAGAAAGAAAGUGAGACAAGGAGGAGACACUUUGAAGAGGAGUGUCAGAAAACAUUUGAGGAGAAGCUAGAAAAGAAAAGCCAGGAGAUGGAGAAACUUUGGAGUGCUGUCCUUCAAAAGUCCCGUAAGGAUUUAGAAGAGCUGAGAACUAUUCUUCACCAGCUGGAGGAGAGGCUGGUGACUGCUGCUGCUAUGAAGGACGAGGCUGAGGAGAAGCUGGAAAAAGAAAGGCAGGUUGUUGAAACGCUCAGAGGUGUGUGUGCACGGCAGCAGAAAGCCCUGGGUGCCACCCGUUCCCUGCUGCACCUCGCUGGCGACAUGCUCGCCGAUGUACAGGGUUUCCUCCGCCAGCUGACACCAGCUUGGCAGACCUUUAGAUGUCAAAUAGAGCAGCACAGCAUGCAGGUGUUCUCAGCGUUAAAUGAGGAGUUUCACCAAAUAAAAGAAGAAAAAGAACUUCUAGCUCAACAGUUGAUGGAACAGAAGAGGCAUCUGGAUGAGCAGCUGUCUCAACAGGAAAACUCAGAGAAGGAGAACAGAGCAAAGCUAUUCAGAUUACAGGCUGAAACGGAGGAGAAACACAACAGGUGGUUGCUAUGUCAACAAAACUGUGAUGCCCUACAGAAGCAGCUGUUUUCCCAAGAACAGAAAGAGAAACAAUUCAACCAAAAGUACAGCACGGCGGUGCAGGAAGUGGCAGACCUGAUUAAAGACCUCAAUGAGAUCCAAGACGAAAAGAGGGAACUCACAAAAGAAAGGGAUCUUUCAAGAGAAUCUCAUCAUGCAGCCCUAACCAAGAUGAAGGCAGACUACGAAAAACAACUCGGCACAAAGACAAGAGACAUGAGGGAGGAGCUUCGUGAGGAGGCGGAGCUUCGUCUGGAAAAAGAGAAGGAAAAGAACCAGAUGCUGCUCCAACAAUGUCGACAAGAAACGUCACAGCUACAGCAGAAGUUUACAGAGAAAUCGCUGGAGGUGCAGGACCUGCAGGAGGAGCUGCGGCGGGAAAGGAGGAGACAGAAAGAGGAGCAAGCCCAGGAAGAGGAGAGAAAGAGGCGAGAGGAGGAGUCCCACCAACAGGAGGCACGAGAGCUGACCCAGGCUAAAGCUGAACUCCAGCAGGCGAGUGAGAAGAAUGCUGAACUAAUAGAAGAGGUGAGGUUUCUCCAGGAGACCGUGAGGAGGGAGUGUGAAGAGAGAGAAGAGCUGACUGCUGCUUUGUGUCAAGCUCAGCAGGAGCUCUUUGGGCAGCGAUCUGUAGCAUCCCAUCCAGGAUCUCCCAAGCACGUUCCAGACGGAGUGGAUCGACAACCACCCUCAGGGCACAAGAGGUUUGAUCUCCAGCCACAGGUCAGAGUACCGGUACCUCUAACUCACUCUCCAACCAAUCCAAACACAUUCAGACCCUCGUCUGCCGACCCAGAAAAGGACAGAGGCCUGGGCCCAGACAAAGAAAGAGCAACGAGGAGGGUGGAGGCCAGAGGCAGAUGGGUGGUGCUGGGUGGAGAUGAAAGGCUUGAGCCGGUUCUUCCUCACGUAAAAGUAAGAACGUCCAUGGGUGAAGUCAAAGAUAAGUCCAAUUUAAGGGGUAGGAGAAAAUAGAACUAUCCCAAAUUUAUGUUUUUAAUUAUUUUGCACCUUUUCAAGAUAAAAUACACCCUAAUCAGUGGGCAUCGACCUCCAACGUGAUAAUGCUAUUAUAUUCCUGACUUAGAUUUUAUUACUAAUUUUCUUUUAUUUUCAUUUAGCUGUGAGAAUCCAGGUACACUUUUUUUAUUUGUUUUCUUUUUAGUAACAUGCUAAUGUUUAUCAUUAAAAAGUGUAAAUUAAAAAAGAUUAUAUUCCUGAUUUUGCAAAAAAAGAGAAGAACUAGGAGAAAUUACAAUAUUAUUAAACUAAUGUUUAAUAUUUUGUUAAAUGACAGUUUUAGAAGGCAUUUAAAAAGGGAGAUAAAAAAAUGUAAACCUGUUCCAUUCAGAAGAAUGUCACCUAUUAUUUUUGUCAUGUACUGCCAAUAACAU